AUGUAUCAGAGCCUGGCCCUGUCCUCCAACCAGUCCCCGUACGCGCACGACACCGGGAACUACAUCCACCCGUCGGCCAGCUCUCCGGUCUACGUGCCCACCGCCAGAGUCCCCGCCAUGCUGCCCACGCUGCCCUACCUGCAGACGUGCGACUCGGGCCACCAGUCCCACGGCCUCGGCGGGCACCACGGCUGGCCCCAGACCGGCGCGGACGGCUCCUCGUUCGCACCGGGCAGCCCUCACCCUCCGCACGGCUUCUCGUACUCGCACAGCCCGCCGGUCAGCAGCAACACCGGCCGGGACGCGACCUACCAAAGCCCGCUGGUGCUCGGCAACGGCGCUCGAGCGGACCAGUACGGGGGUUCCCUGAUGCGCUCGGUGGGGGGACCCUACUCCAGCCCCUACGCGUACAUGAGCCCGGAGAUGGCGACGUCCUCCUGGACGCCGGGGCCCUUCGAGAGCGGGGUGAUCAGUCUGCAGGGACGGCACGGGAGUCUGUCCGGGAGAAGGACCAGUCUGGACCUGAUCGACGACAUGUCCACGGAGGGCCGGGAGUGCGUCAACUGCGGCUCCGUGUCCACGCCGCUGUGGCGCAGGGACGGAACCGGACACUACCUGUGCAACGCCUGCGGCCUCUACCACAAGAUGAACGGCAUCAACCGGCCGCUCAUCAAGCCGCAGAAGCGACUGCAGACCACGUCCCGCCGGGCCGGCCUCUGCUGCACCAACUGCCACACCAGCACCACCACGCUGUGGAGACGCAACGCUGAGGGGGAACCCGUGUGUAACGCCUGCGGCCUCUACAUGAAGCUGCACGGGGUGGCCAGACCUCUUGCCAUGAAGAAAGAGAGCAUUCAGACCAGAAAACGUAAACCCAAGAUGCCCAAGAAUAAAACGUCCACAGGAUCCUCCGCCUCUGACACCGGCUCCCCAACCUCCAUGUCAGUCUCAGAACACGCCUCCACCAUUAAGAGCGAACCCAACAUGGCCCCCUCGCCGUACGCUGGACAGACGGUCACGUCUGCCACUCAGGCGGCGUCUCAGUUAGACGGCACAGGAUCGGGACACGUGGACAUUAAAUACGAGGAUUAUCCCUUUACCCCGAGCUCCAUGGCCCCACAGAACUCCUGGUGCGCUCUGUCUCAAGCGUGA